AUGAGUACGAAUACACAGCGAUUCCGAGAUCAUAUCCGUGAUCACAUGACCAUUAAAUUUGACAUGAAGAAGUUGUUAAACGAGUCACAAGACAUUCCCACAGCAACAAAAACACAAGUUCCUUAUCUCCGCCAAAUUAACAUUAACGACACCCAACCCACGGAACCAUACACACCCACUAAUGCUAAGAAUCCCGAGCUUGGGGAAGUUAACAGUUACAGAGAACUUUACACUACUCUUCUACACCGGUAUGGAGGGAUGAUAGGCCUAUACCAAGUCGGUCCCUACGGCGGCCUCACAGAAGUUAGGUACUCACGCGGCACUCUAGAAGGCAUAACCUGGGACCCACAAGAUGUAAAAGUUCCAUUGAAACCCAACGUUUGUUUUGCUCUUCGAGGUGGCAGCAAAUACGCACAGUGUCUCUGCCUUCCAUUCAUGGCUCCUCAUUCUAGCAUCAUUACACUCGAGAAGGAGAGUGGGAAAUUUUCUCUUCUUUGCUUCAGCCCCAUGGAACACGCCAAGGCAGUCUGGAAGGACUUUCAGUAUAAUCAGACCGAAUUCGAUGUAAUUCAUGAACAUGAACUCUUUCGUCGGAUAAAGCUCAGAAAUUUUGCUACCGUGAAUAUUACGCACAGUCAUGGGAUGAAAUUGCUGUGUCUCAGUCACUGUUAUGAUUUUCGCCUGAUCCACAAGCCCUUGGUUCUGCCUCAUCCAAAUGACAUUCCUGAGAGCCUGCUUUUGCCAGAUGGAUCCUGCCCAAAACAGCUCAUUGCCCCAGGCUUAUUUCAAGGAAGUGGAAUGGGCAUGUUUUUAGGAACGCAGUUGUUUGUUUUGAAGUACAGGAAUGAGAGAGAACUCUGUGCCUAUACGGUGACUGGAGACCAUUGUGUUCCAGCAGAACAACCAUAUUUCACUGCUCUGUUGGAAUAUCCAGUCGGUCCCAUCACAAUUAAUAAAGACCAAAAAAUUCACUAUUAUGAGGAGCUGAUUGAUCUAGAAAUGAAAAGGGGUCGAAUAUCAGAUAUUCCAGAGCAGUCUUUCAUAUUACCAUUGGGCUUUCAACUCCCAGUCUCAUACGACAAGUGUUACGCAAGAACCUACGUAGAAGGUUGUAAUUUGAAGCAUGUUAAUAUAAACACAAGAAAAAAGAUGGACCAAGAUAAAGACUCCGGUGGUUUACAUCUGACUGAUCUGUCAGAAGAUGUUUUGGUCAAGAUCCUAAUGGAGUGCUCUGCACAUGAUCUGGUCGCAAUCAGCAGUACUUGUAAAUUAUUCUAUCGUCUAGCAAGGGAUGAGAUUAUUUGGAAAUACCACUAUAAGAGAGAUUAUAACAUAUCACAAGCUAAUAUUGGAGACAAUGAUUCAUAUUACAAGCUCUAUGCAAACUUGUUACACAAAUAUGGCUGGUUGCAAGGGACAUACCAGACUGAAGUUGGCCCCUUUGGGGAACUCAUGGAAGUUAAGUUUGAGAAUGGGUGUAUAAAAGGUUUGAAUUGGGAGCCUGGUUCAGAAAGAGAUGUAGAUGCCCCUCUCAAACAUUAUGUCAUGUUCUCUAUCAAAGGUGACAAGAAAUCUGAUUGUGUCUGUCUACCAGACAUUGCUCCUCAUUCAUGCUCAUUUGUUUUGGACAAGAGGAGAGGUCAGUUCAAACAGCAAUGCUCAGAGCCUGAUAACCAUAUACAAGCCCUUGUAGAAUACAUUAUCAGCGGUAUACCUACAGAAUCAGGACGGGUGAAUAGACUGAAGAUGGUGUUUUUGAAUGAAGUAUUAGGUUCAGGGGCUCUGCACCAGCCAAUCCUCAUCCCAGGACCUCAUGACAUACCGCAAGAGCUCCUCAUGAAGGAUGGAACACUCCCACCACAAUUAAUCACACCAGGACUUUUUAAGGGUUCCUAUGGAAGCCAUGGCACUGAGUUCAUUUUGUUCAAGUACAAAGAUGAGAAUGAGCUUCAUGGAAUAAAGGUAACAGGGGAUCCAAAUGUGUAUGCAGGGAAGAUUUCAGUCAAAGUGUCACUUCGGUUUCCUGUAAAACCUCUGUCAAAAGUAGAGCAAAGGUCCUAUGCAAUUCUAAAAGACAUUGAGCCAGAACAGAGUGCAGAACCCAUCUCCAGCAUCAAACCACAAGCCUUCAUUCCCCCGGAUGGCUUUGAUCUUCGUGACACGUCUCCUCCAGACAACUGUAAGGCAAGAUAUCAUGGUUUUGGUCAAAUAGCAUUUGAAGGAUUUCAACACCCUAACUUCAUUGGAGCACAUAUCAUGGUGUUCAACAAUGACCUGCUUGGAGUUGCUUGGAUUACUCUGGAAUCAUUCAGUCUGUUUCGACGUGUUAAAAAUACUUUCACCCAAAAUAUUCUGACUGAUGUUGAAAGCGCUUUAUAAGAUGAAAGAACGAUAAAUUUGUUGAACCUCAGUUCUACUCUUUGUUGGAUGAUUUUAUUAUCAUUAUUAUAUAUAUUUUUUUCAUUUAUUUUAUUUAUUUAAUCUUUAUCAUCAUUACUAUCAUUCCAAUGUGUUGUAGUUGUUCUUUAGAUAUUUGUGGGCUUUCCCCUCUCAUACAUUUGAUGUACAAUAAUUUUGGUUUACUUUGCAUUAGCAAAAAAAAUUGCAUUAGUGAUAAUAGUAACUUUGUUUUUAUUAUCUCCCAAUUAAAGACGGUAAUAAGAUCUUUUUAAUUAUGUUUAUAUACUUCAUCUAGUAGUUCAAUACAUUUGGGAAUUCUUUAUGGAAGAUUUUUUGUUUGUUUAUAAUAGGUAAAAGAAAUUCUCUAUUUUGUAUACUUUUUAUUUGAAUGAUUAUAGUUUUUCUUUAUUCAAGGUUCAUUUAUAAAAUGUGCAUCUCAAGCAGACUUGAGAAUGGUGUGAUAUGGCCUUACUUCGUAGGUAAUAAAACUGUAACACAAGCACCUAAUGUUACUGUGUUAAUUCAUUCUCGUGUAUGUUAUUGCUCUUGGAAAACCAAAUAUAGAUUGUAAGACUUAAGAUUUCUGCAAUAAGAUAUACAUGAGGCUGAGGUAGAAAAAUUUAGCUGGGAUGGGGAGGGGACUUGGGCAAAAGGGAAGGAAGAGGUUUUGAAGGGAAGGUGGUACACCUGAACUAUGCUUUGGGGAAUGAUGAUGUAUGCAAUAUAAAACCACAAUUAUAUUUGUCUGUUGUUUGUUUUUGUGAUGUGACGAAUUUGUGGACACUAAUAUUUUUUGUUAACUUAUUGAUAUUAUCUCCCAGAGGGUAGAUAGGGAAGGAAGGGGGGACAAGCACCGAUUUAAAGGAGGCAGUUCCCCUCCAUACCUUUUGCAGAUCCACCAUUGCAUCAACUUCUCUUUACUUUGUUUUUUUCCUCUUAUAAAAUGAUGUAAAGAUCAGUUGCAAAAUAUUUCAUUCUUAUUGACAGCAAUAAUUGUGUGAUUCCAUUUAACAACAUGCAGUAGUUUUUUUUAUUUUUUUUUUAUUUUUAUUUUUUUUUUUUUAUAGUUCAAAGGGUACUUUUCCUUUUUUAGUUUGGUCAUAAGGACUAUGUGUAGGGCAUACUUGAUGCAUGUUUAAGAAUGCUAUUUCUGAACUAUGAGUAACUUGCGCACAAAAUUUGCAGAGUAAAGUGAAGUAGAAGCAAUGGUGAUAUAAAUCACUUAAAAUUAUCCAUACAAAAAUAUUGCAGCACAUAGUUGGUAAAUUAAAAGUUAAAUAUAAAGUAUAUUCCAUUCAUGUUAUUUUUUACAUAUAUGACAGCAUUACAGUGACUAACUUGAAAAAUAACUGAAGGAGAUUCGUAUUUGAAUGAUAAAGUAUUGUUAAUCUGGCCUUGAAGAUGGAGGGAUUGUGUUGCCUUUUUGUAGAAGUGUGUGUAUACAUGUGCAUAAUAUUGUUUGCACAUUAUAAUUUUUCAUAUAUAUAUA